AUGAACCUUCCCGUCUACAUCUCCGACGACUGCGGAAACAUUGAGGCGAACCAGUCGAGCAAACCGCCAUCACUGGCUAUUACGGUUCGAUUAAUCCUGCACGACGGCAACUGCAGGAGGAAGACCACUCCACACGUUGCCCAUGCGUUCGUCCAGGUAGAUAACCGCAUCUCAACUGCUGCGCAGACGAAAGGCGCCAGGAACAGCGCGACCUCGUUGUUACGCAACGCCGCUUCUUCCGGAGCGCUCCCGCCAGUGGGCUACUCUCUGUCUCCGGCUGAGGCUGGCCUGCAAUGCUUAGCGUCUGCCUCCAGUGCCUUCGGCCGGGUGUGCACCGGCGACCUGCUAGAGGGGACCUAUUCGCGGGACGGUGCCCUGACUACUCUUGUGGACGAGGCGCGAAAUCAGACCCGCUUGUCUACGGCUUCCUUAGCCCUGCAGCGGCUGACUGCCGCCGGGCAGCUACUCUUGCCUACGUAUUCUCUAAACCCGGUGCUGGAUAAGCUGGCAACAUUCGUGGCCACGGCGGCCACGGCGGCUCCCGACAUUGCCCAGCUCCUCGUCGCGGCUCAUGCGUUGGACUCUUCGUGUUCCACCUUCAUCACGCUGGCCGAUAUUCGCGACACCAACGUUGCGGCAGUGCAGUCGACUCCAGCGUUCGGCUCAAGGACUGUAGCCACUUCGUCCGUGAUUAUGACGCCGCACCCGACGAUUAUGCCCCCUCGACCCCCUCCGCACGUCAGGGUGACUCCCUAG